CCUGGUGCCGCCUCCAUCUGGGUCUCCACCUCCCGGACCUGCGGCGUUGGUGAGGUCCGGAGCGCGGCUUCCCCACGGGCGGCGCGAUGGGUUGCGGGAACUCCACUGCCACCAGCGGGGGCGCGAGCCGAGGUCCAACGGGAGCAGCUAAGGAUGCGACAGAAGACUCAAUAACGGACGAAGAGAAGAGGAGAAACUAUGGCGGAGUGUACGUUGGUCUGCCUUCUGAAGCUGCCAAUAUGGUGUCUAGUCAAGCAAAGACAGUACGGAAAAAUUAGAGGAAGAUAACGUGAUAUCUGGACAGUCAAGAGCCCGCACAUGAAUUUGGAAGGAAUUUGGCUCCGGGGACAUUGUAUCUUCAAACAAAUCCUGCAAGAUUGUCCCCUGCUGUGCCACCUCUCCCAAAUCCUUAGUGUGUAGUGAAAGCCAUGGGUACACACUGUGCGUUGUGGCAGCAGAAGGAAACUGGUAGACUUGGUGCUCACUGGGGGAACUCCGCUUCACCACCAGUGAGGGAGCCCAAGGCUGUUGCCACCCAGCCUGGGCCACCAUUCCACCCAGUUCACAGAAGUCAUGUCUUUUCACUGAUACUCUUUUGAUAGUUUUUAUAUAACGCAAUCCUUACUGUAUUUAUAACCUGGUAUUAGAGUAUAAAGGAAUUACCUGAAGU